AUUUUGGAUUUUGGUUAUUUCCAAUGAAGUGUAUAGGGUGGGUGCGAAAAUAUUCAAACAAACUUAUUUUCAAACGAAAUUUUUCUAUUUUUAUAUCAAAAUUUGAAGUAUAGAAAUUGCAAAACGUAUUUGUUUUCGGUGCACCCUAUGCUGUUGUGAAACGAAGAGGAAUGCAAAAAAAACAAAAGUAUAUAUUAUCAAUGGCUAAUUUGCGGUUAGAUUGGAUUAUAAGGCAAACAAUACAAAUGAUAACAACAACAAUGCCGAAACAGAAAGCGUGAAUCCUUAGUUUUAAAAUUACAAUCUCUUUCGAAUGCAAAUGAGGAAAGUUUUGCUGCAUAUUCAAAUAUUAAAUUUCGUCAUUUAUUAAGUUGAGUUAGUGAUUUUCAGAUUAAAAUAAAUUUCGAGAGUGAAAGUUCUGCUAUCUUUUUUUGCAUGGAUAAAUUUCUUUGGCGAAAUUGAAACUAUAAAUAUGAAUGUGCACUCAACGCUGCUGGCAUUCAGCGGCAAAUGAUGAAAUAUAUUAUGUAUGUGUGGCGAUUUAGAUUACUUGAAGACCCUCACAUUUGAAGGAGAUAACCUUUUUUGCAAGGCUCAGUUAUAGUUAUAUCUUAAGUCCUUCUGGAAGCUCCUUUUUACUUUACAUAAUUGCUACAAACAAACAAUUUUUUCGGCUUUAUCUGUUACCGCUCGCUAAUUAAUGUAACAUUUCCCGGAGAGUAUUUACAAUUUCACACACUUUCAUUCACUGAUCACUAUAAAAGGCAAUGCUGAUGCAAUAUGAGCCCAUUUGUUAACCAAAAGGCAGUGAAACGUUGGUCUAGAGGACAAAUAUUUUGAAGUAGAUUAUAUAAUUUUGAACUACUGUGAAAUGAAAGUGCUGUAUACGCUUCUACUACUCAUGCUGAUAACAUGCCUGACCAAUCUGAAAGCAGUGGAAGCUAACCGAUUAGUUCUGAAGCCAAUGAGCGCACGCGAAGUCUACCAGCUGCUUGCAAAUUCAGGUCGUAGUAGUAGCAUACCGCAGGGUCGCAUUGUAACACAGGGACUCGCCUUCAUCGGUGACAUCACACGUCGCAUCACCGGUGCGAACAAGGGGACGCGUGUAACUACGCAAGAGGUUUGCUAUGAGACACGCAGCGCACGAUCACUAGCCGAGGCUGAAGCGGUCUUCGACGCUUAUGUAGCGGCCAGUAAUCGACGUGAUACUGAUAGCCUGCAGAAGCGUGUGCGUAAUAGUGAGGUGGGACGCAUUUUGAAGCUGAAGAAGCGUAAAAAGUUACGCGUUGACGAGGAACGUCGGGGAAAUCAACGCAUUCGGAAUGACGAUGCUGAACCAGUAAGUCUACCCGGUUUGGGAUCACGUACGGCUACACCCACUUAUAGUACGGACUCGUACAUUUAUACCUCACCGCACCGCUCUUCGCUCACCUCUGAUCCAGCCGUCACAACUAUGAUGAGCAAUUCCGAUGUAACAGUGACGACCAAUCCCACAACUACAAUGAAUCGGAAAAAUGAUGCCACGAUCACGACAUUCACAACAUCCACAACGCCAGAGGGCGCCAUUAAUUGUAUUGUUAUUAAGAAGAAUGAAUAGAGAGUGUGAUAAAAUGCUG